AGCAAUCGAACUCAAACAGCAGCGAACUAUCUGGAAACAGACAUGCGCAUGAACCACCCGGAAGUGGGCGAAGGACAGGAAGUUGUGGCUGCUGAGCGCCUGUCUUCGGAAAAGGUGUUUGUGCUACCAAAACAUUCCGUCACAAUGCCUCUGUCAACACAAUCCCAGGGCGACAAUGAGGAGUACGCUCUGGUGGCCAGUCUGGAUAACGCUCGCAACCUCUCCAACAUACUGAAGGCCAUCACAUUCAAAGAUCACGCCAUCUUCACAGCAACACCUAAUGGCCUGAAGGUAACAGUGGAGGACUCCAAAUGUCUUCAAGCCAACGCCUUCAUCCAGGCCGAGAUUUUUCAAGAAUUCACGAUAAAAGAAGACCUGGUGGGUUUUCAAGUCAACCUCACUGUACUGCUGGAUUGUCUCAGCAUCUUUGGCGGGAGCACAUUGCCAGGGAUGUCAACAGCCCUGCGGAUGUGCUACCGUGGAUAUGGCUACCCUCUGACUCUGUUCCUAGAAGAGGGUGGUGUGGUGACCGUCUGCAAGAUCAACACACAAGAGCCAGAGGAACCGAUUGACUUUGAUUUCUGCAGCAGCAAUGUGACCAACAAGGUGAUCCUGAUGUCUGAAAGCCUCAAAGAAGCUUUUUCUGAGCUUGACAUGACCAGUGAAGUGCUACAGAUCACCAUGUCUCCAACACAGCCAUACUUCCGUUUGUCUACUUUUGGGAAUUCUGGGAAUGCUCACUAUGAUUACCCCAAAGACUCGGAGAUGAUGGAAUUAUUCCGCUGCAGCAAAACACAAACAAACAGGUAUAAGAUGUCCUUGCUGAAGCCGUCCACCAAGGCUCUGGCUUUGUCCUGUAAAGUGUCAGUGAGAACAGACAACCGUGGCUUCCUCUCGCUCCAGUACCUGGUCAGAAAUGAUGAUGGACAGAUCUGCUUCGUGGAAUAUUACUGUUGUCCUGAUGAGGAAGUGGAGUGAGCACACACAUUUGAGACCGGUUCAGAGGGCUUCCAAAGCACAUUUGCCCAUCCCUGCACUUUGAUAGUGGAUCUGUGUACUUUAAUUUCUUGUGAACUUGUUAUAUUUACCUGAAACAAACCUUGGUGAACAUGUACAGUAGGCUGCUGACUUUUCUCCAUUAACAAAUGAAGAAAAUAAACACUAUCUCAGGACUUUUUUGUGUUGCCUUUGGAAAUGGUCUCAGCCUGAUUGGAACUAAACAAAAUGUUAAUUUGCCAACGACAAAAAAAAAAAAAAAAAUACAGGACCA